CAUGCAGGUAUAAAUAGUUGAUCAAGUAAAAUUGACGCAUGUUUUCAUGUUGGCGUGAAAUUCAACAUUGAUUAAAAUUAAAGAAUCAAAGAUGGACGAUGAGAAUCCUAUUUCUGAAACAAAUCAUCUUUUGAAUUCAUUCCAAGAAUCUUUAAUUGAUUGUGUAUUAACCUCAAAGAAGCUUUUGGAUCGUUUAAAGAAUGAUGAAUUUCGAUCUGAAUCUGGUAUUUCUUUAUUUGAUUUGAAGAACAGAAUAUUUGUCAAUUACUUGAUCGACUUGACUGGUAUUGUAAAACAUCGAUUACUUGGCGAAAAUAAUGAUGAAACUCGAGAAAGAUUAGUAGAAGAAAGGGUUGUGCUAGAGAAGAUACAACCAUUGGAAGAAAAACUUAAAUAUCAAGUUGAUAAUUUGAUGAAAACAAUGAACAGUAAUCGAAUGCAAAUAGAAAACAAUCCAUUGAAUGCUCGGCCAACUUUUUCUUUUGAUAUCGAAGAUGAAAAUAAAUCCGAAAGUGAUCAAGAUGAAACAAAAGAAAGUGAAAACGAAAAAAAAUCAAAUAAAGAACCUCAAGUUGAUCGCAAUAAAAAUCAAGUUUAUGUGCCACCUAGGUUAGCACAAAUGAAAUAUGAAGAUGAACAAGAUCGUAAAACUAGAAAUUUGGAACGUGCCAAAAAACGUGCUAUGAACUGUUCAAUAAUAAACGAAUUGCGAAAAGAAUUUGAUGAUGCACCUGAAGAAGAAUUUGAUGGAUUAAAUCGUAAAUCUGGUAUCGGAAAAUUCCUAAAUAGAAAGAAAAAAUAUGAAGAAGAACAUUUUAUCCGUUUGAAUUUGACGAAACAACAGAAAGCUCAAGCUCGAAAAUUAGCUACUGUCAAUUCGAUUGCCGAUGAUGUUACCAAGUUCGAAGACAUUUCUGUUCUCAAUAUUGACAAUUCUAAUGACUUUACACCAGCCAAGAAAAAGUCAAAGAAAUUUGUUAAUAAAAAUAAUAAAAAUAAAAAAAGACGAAAAUGAUUAUUUUUUUCAAAAAAA